AUGGCUCCAGCAACGCAAUUUGAGGUGGCACAGCCCCCGAACGAUGCCAUCUCGGCCAUCGACUUCGCCCCGGAAGCACCCCGGUUUCUCGUCUCGUCCUGGGACAAGAAUGUCUAUCUCUACGAGAUUGCCAGCGGCUCUGAGCAGGCGACUUUGAUCAAUGCCUUCGAGCAUCGCGCGCCAGUUUUAUCCGUCUGCUUCGGCGCCAACCAAGAUGAAGCCUUCACCGCGGGCAUGGACCGCCAGGUUAAGAAGCUCAACCUAGUGACGGGCGAGCAGACGGUUCUGAGCAAGCACUCGGAGCCUGUUCGCUGUGUGGUAUACAGCUCAGAACACUCCCUCCUCAUCUCCGCCUCCUGGGACAGCACCCUUCAUGUCCACAAUGCCGCCAACCUUUCCCAGCCGCACAUCACCAUCCCUCUGCCAGGCAAGCCACAUGCCCUAGCCGCCAGCCGCACCAAGCUCGUUGUCGCCAUGACCGCUCGCCUGGUGCAUAUCUACGACCUGCCGACGCUAUUGAGCGCGGUGCGCAGCAACACCCAGACCCCUCCUCAACCCUGGCAACAGCGCGAGUCUUCUCUCAAGUUCCUCACCCGCGCAGUGGCAUGCAUGCCCAACGACGCCGGGUACGCGACCUCGAGCAUCGAGGGCCGUGUCGCCGUGGAAUGGUUCGACGACAGUGCCGAAUCACAGGCACGCAAGUACGCCUUCAAGUGCCACCGGCAAGCGGCUCCAGAGGCGGAAGGCGGCGGGGAUAUAGUGUAUCCUGUGAAUGCGCUAGCGUUCCAUCCCAUUUACGGGACAUUCGCCUCUGGAGGUGGCGACGGCACUGUUGCACUGUGGGAUGCUGAGGCCAAGCGCCGCAUGCGUCAGUACCAGCGCUUCCCGGACAGCGUGGCUGCUCUGGCGUUUUCACGCGACGGGCGGUAUCUGGCCAUCGGCGUUUGUCCUGGCUUUGAGACCGGAAUGGAAGACUACAGCGGCGAGGGGAGAACGAAGGUAUUUGUACGUGAGCUUGGUGAAACUGAGGCCAAAGGUAAGGGCGCGAAAUAA